GGGUUAAGUCCUUUUGGACCUUAGGGUGCCAGCCAGCCCUCCUGAACUUUCCCCUGCACAGUGCCUGGGAGGAAGCCCAGAGCCUUCUGCUGCAUGCUCUGCUGCGGUUCCCAUGGCCUACCUGAGCCCCGCACAGUUCCAGGAGGAUGGGUUCCUGGUUCUGGAAGGGUUCCUGUCUGUUGCCGAGUGCGCAGCCAUGAAGGAAAGGAUUGGCGAGAUCAUGGCCAAGAUGGACGUCCCUCUCCAUUGCCGUACAGAGUUCUCCACCCAGGAGGAGGAGCAGCUCCGAGCACAGGGCAGCACAGACUAUUUCUUGAGCAGCGGCGACAAGAUUCGCUUCUUCUUUGAGAAAGGCGUUUUUGACAAAGCAGGCAAUUUCCUGGUCCCUCCGGAGAAGUCCAUCAACAAAAUUGGCCACGCUCUGCAUGCCCACGACUCUGUCUUCCGGUGCGUCACACAUUCCCCCAAAGUACAGGCUGUGGCCAGGAGUCUGGGCCUCCAGAAGCCCGUGGUGGUGCAGAGCAUGUACAUCUUCAAGCACCCUCGCUGUGGGGGCGAAGUCUCCCCUCACCAGGACGCCUCCUUCCUGUACACGGAGCCCCUGGGCCGGGUGCUGGGCAUGUGGAUCGCACUGGAGGAUGCCACGCUGGAGAACGGCUGCCUCUGGUUCAUCCCUGGCUCCCAUACCAAUGGAGUGUCAAGAAGGAUGGUCCGGAACCCUGCCUGCUCAGCGCCUGGCACCAGCUUUCUGGGCUCAGAGCCGGUCCGGGAGAACAGUCUCUUUGUACCCACGCCUGUGCGGAGAGGAGCCCUCGUCCUAAUCCACGGAGAAGUGGUGCACAUGAGUGAGCAGAAUCUCUCCGACUGCUCCCGCCAGUCCUACACUUUCCACCUCAUGGAGGCCGUGGGCACUGUCUGGAGCCCCGAGAACUGGCUUCAGCCAACAGCUGAGCUGCCCUUUCCUCCACUGUACACUUGAUGGUCUUAGCAGGACUGGGCCACUGCCCCUCCCAGGGGAGGCUGCAGACUUGGCCGGUGGGCCAGCGCUGCCAGCUCUGAUAGCAAACUCCCCUCUGCUCUCCUGGCUGGGAGGUGUUCCCAGGAUCUCUCCCUGCCCCACACCCCCUCCCCCUUGAACCUCUCACUUGUCUGUCCUCCCAAAAUGCAUCUCUGGUUUAUACCCUGUGAGGCCCUGAAUAAAAAGCACUUGCAAAUGCA